GGGAAACGAAAAAGCGGAGAGAAGAAGAAAAUGCGUAGCGUUCAAUGGUCGGUUUCCGUAAUAUCGGCUGACUAAAAGGCCACGAGCAUUCUCUUUCUACUUCCCAAGAUGGCGGCUCACUUUGCUCCGCCUGUAAUUCAAGAUAACCCUUCUGGUUGGGGUCCAUGUGCAGUUCCAACAGAAUUUCAGGAUAUACCAUAUCAACCUUUUUCUAAGGGUGACAGAAUUGGAAAGAUAUCUGAUUGGACUGGACAAUUUCAAGAUCGAAAUAAGUACCACUCACAGUUUGCAGGUGGAAGUCAAUAUGCAUAUUAUCAUGAGGGAGAUGAGUCUACCUUUAGAUUGGUUGACACUUCUAAACCGCAAAAGACUGCAUAUCAGAAAAACCGACAAAGAUUUAAUAAUGCUCGUCUGAAAAGGGAAAGAGAAAAGCAGCAAAGAAAAGAAGCUUUUAUGAUGGGACAGGUGCAACAAAGAGGAAAACAACAACGCAAAAGCCAGAAGAAUAUGCACUAUCGCCGUUAUAAUGAUAGACAGCAGACUCAAAAGAAUCGUAAUGCUUCUGUUGUGGUUAGAGAUAGUUGGAAAGUAGUUGAAGAGAUGGACUUUCCAAGACUUGCUAAGUUAAAGUUGCCUGAUGUUCCUCCACCAGAAGACUUGUACAAUGCUGGUGCUGUGGAAUUUUACGACAAAAUGUAUGAUCGAAUCUCUACGAAGAAUCCAAAAGUUUUGGAGUCGAAUAGUAGAACAUUCCAUCGUGUAACAACAACUGAUGACCCUAUUAUUAGAAAGUUGACUAGCAAAGGAAAUGUGUUUGGAACAGAUGCGAUUAUUUCCACAUUGAUGUGUUGUACACGCUCAGUGCAUUCAUGGGAUAUCAUUGUGCAGAGGGUUGGAAAAAAGUUGUUCUUUGAUAAACGAGAUGACCCAAAUUUUGACUUACUACCGGUGUACGAAACAACACAGGAAGAACUAAAAGAAGAAGGUAUUAACAGUCCUUAUAAUUUGGCAGUGGAAGCAACUUACAUCAACCAAAACUUUUCACAACAAUGUUUAAAGAAAAGUGAAUCGGUUAAGUUUGAACACCCCAACCCAUUUGCUGAAGAUAAGGGAGAAGAGGUGGCUUCUGUUGGCUACAGAUAUCGCAGAUACACUCUCGGUGAAGGAAUCAAUUUAGUGAUACGUUGCGAGCAUGACGCUGCCCUUCCAAACAAUCAGUUUCUUAGCAUCAAAGCUUUGAAUGAGUUUGACCCACGUCUUGCUAAAAUCGACUGGAGACAAAAACUGGACUCGCAAAUAGGUUCAGUGCUUGCAACCGAAUUGAAAAACAACAGUAACAAAAUGGCGAAGUGGACGUGUAACGCCAUCUUAGCUGGAAGUGCCCUUUUGAAAAUAGGAUAUGUUUCACGUGUUGCAAUGCAUGACACGACACGCCACGUCAUUCUCAGUACACAACAGUUCAAUCCCAAAUCAUUCGCGGCUCAAAUAGCGCUGGAUAUGGACAACGCUUGGGGUAUAUUAAGAGUUAUCGUGGAUACCUGCUUAAAGAUGCCAGAAGGAAAAUAUCUGCUGUUAAGAGAUCCCAAUAAGGGCGUGGUACGAUUAUACGAUAUUCCUGAUAACACGUUUGAAAGCGACGAAGACAGUGGAAGUAGCGAUGAAGGUGGCGAUGAUAGUAGUGACGAAGAAAACACAAAUUAAAAGGAAGGAAAAUAUUUACAAAAUAAAUUAUACAUCAAUUAUAAAUUAUGUAGUUGAUUAUACCAACAACAAUUAUCUUUUGGCU